UGGGCAUACCAUCCGCCUCGCCGCCACAGACAGAGUCGGGCUUGACAUAUAGGCAGUGUAAAGCCUGUGGGUCCCUCAAACUUCUCGCUUGGCCGUCAAGUCACAUUUUGAUCAUCACAGCUUUUUAAUAACGACCCCCCCCCUAAAUUGCAGCAUGCCCCCAUUUCUACAUAUUCUCAUCUGGGAACCCGCCAGACCAAACGUUGAAGCGCCUGUACAUGUCAGGCGGGAAGUUCCCAAGCUCGACGGUUCGCAGGGCGGAUUCAUUGCACUUGUCGUCGCACUUAGUAUCAUUAUCGUCAUUUCUUGUACUGCUGUAUUCUUUCUUCUACGCAACCACGAACCCACAGAACAAGAACGUACUAUCCGCCGGGAGCGUAGCCAUCGCUAUAGAGAAGAACCAGAAUUCUCAACUACUGUACCUCUCAGAGAGAAAAUUGGUAACAUGUUCAGUUUCUGGAAUAAAAAAGGCGUUGGAAGGGGACUGUACUCAAGACGACCCACAGGCCGCGGUUGGGUCCAAACUGGUUCAGGCGAUGAGUGGGAACCAGAGUCGGAUCACGAAGAUGAUGCGGAAAUAGCGCCUUAUCCUGGUCGAAGAACACACCAUUUUGGAAACGAUGACAGCAGUCCCUCUUCAGAUCACAGGAUGGUAGACUCCCCCUUCCGAUCCCCGCCUUCAGAUUCGGGUUUACAUCCAUACAUAACGGGAUCUUACGUCGACCCGUUCUCAAAGGAAUCGCCACGCCCUAAUUUCUCCCCAACAGAGUCGGAUAUCGAUCGCUCUCGUUCACCCGCCCUUUCCUCGCCCGGUUCAUUGUCUGCCAGCCACGUGACCUCUGCCGUACUUCACGAAUCUAGUUUAGAGGAUGGCAUCCAUCACAACCAGCGUCAGUUUACUGCCCAGUCUGGCACAUCGGUUCGAACUUUCGAGGGUGGUACCAAAUUCAUUGAGUCGUUGUAGGUCAUGAGUUCGAGGGUUUCUUAUCUCUCUAUUUUUUUCUUCAGUGGCGUCGUUUAUUGUAUAGCGAGAUUGUACAGGAGACCCCAGGACUUUUGUUUCGCAUGUAUUGUUAGUAUGUAUGACUGUAACGUAACUUGGUCGUUGUAAGUCCACUAUCUUAGCAUUCCCAAACCUCUUACAG